AUGCCGAGCUUCUGGCUAUGUGGUGCUCCAGUGAGGCUGUGCAUAGGCCUUGCCUGUAUCUUCUCUCUCUGGAAUACAGUGUCUGCUCUCAAAGGCGAAGGCAAGAAAGAGAAGGGAAUGGCCCUCCUACCUACAACAGUGUCUGGAAACAAAGGCCUCAAGAAGGAAAAAUAUGGAUCCCUCCUUCACACAGCAGAGUCUGUCUUCAAAGGAGAAGAGAAGAUGAUAAAGGGGGUAGAGGUUCUUGCAACCACAGAACUCCCAGCAAGGUCAGUUGAUCUGUCUGCGCUCAACCUGACAGAGCUUGUGAAUGGGAUGCUCAGUAGAGCUUUAAAAGACAGCAAGCAAUUCUUCUCUGUGCUUAGCAUCACUUCUUAUAGUUCGUUUGCCUUUCACAAGGUUUCUGUGGCCAUCUACAACAUUUCCAACCCAAAGACAGUUGACCCGGCCAAAUUCCCUACCAGGUACUGCUACUGUUUGAACAAUCGGACCAAUGACUUAUCAGAUUUCACAGCUUUGCUGGUGGACAUCGUUGGAAAUUCUACCAGCUACCUCACUGAGAUUUUUAAGUCAACUUCCAUCCUCUCGGUGAGUCAGACCAAUGAAUCUGAUUGCGUCUUCAUCUGUGUGAUGGCGGGGAAGUCAGGAAGGACUUUUUCUGACUUCUGGGAGAUGGUGGAGAAAUCCCCUGUUAUCAAUUACACAUUUACCAGUGGUCUUUCCAAUGCUCUGGGUGCAACUACCAGAGGACCAGCCAUGACUCCAGGGUUCACAACCCAAAGCCAGCAGUCACUUCUAAGAUCAAAUCCUGCACCCUGGAGCACGCAGCAGGUAUCUGCUCUGAAGACCUUCCCCUGGACAAAGACAAGUACUCCUUCAGAGAAAGAGGUGACAGAAAACAAAGAGAUGUUUCCAGAACAUCCUGUUGGGACCAUAGGCACACAGAGUAGUGCCACUCACACACAGCCAACCUCAGGGAAUAUAACCAGAACACCAUGGGUGGCAAACAGACAGACAUGGGAUCCUAUAGUAUCUGUGUCUAUGUCCCAGACCAUGGAUGAUAGCACAUCUAAAGGGCCACCAUGGGCAAGCCUUCCCUCCACAUCAGCCUCCCCUGAAGAUGCCCAGCAGCCCAGGAGCACAGGGAGCCUGUUACAUCCUGCUGGGCUACUGACCACACCCAGCAGACUAGCACAGUCCAGCAUAGCCUCAGCAACACUCACCGCUGGAACACAGACUCCGAGUCCAACCAAAGCACCAGCUCCUAGGGACCCACAGACAGAUGCUGUUCCUGCAGAGGGGCCAUUCACCCCUGAGUCAGAGCCAGCCCUGGUCCCAGCAUCCCACCAAGUUUCAAGGUGUCCUCAGCCACUCCUCAAAGAGGGGGCCAUUACAGAUGCUCCUCUGCCCCUGGCCAUGAAGAAGCUCAACCCAUGCCUGAUGGAACUCUGUCGCUUCUUCCAGCAAUGCCUCUGUGCAAGCCGAAAGCGAGAUCUCAGUUCAGAAGCCAUGAGGUAUUGUCUGGAAUACUAUUCUUGGUUUCUGAAAAAUGCGACACUGAUCUGUCAGAGGGUGAAGAAGGUGUCCCACUCUCACACCUUGAAGCAAAAAUGCCUUGAGAGUGUCUGCAAGUCUGUGUGA